AUGGCUCACGCUCAAACUGUUCACGUUUCCAACAUUGCCUCAACGACUCCUGAAAAGGAGAUUCGUGACUUUUUCUCCUUCUGUGGCAAAAUCACUUCUCUAAGCAUCACUCCUACCUCCGCAGACGCGAACUCGACCCAGUCCGCAACUGUAACCUACGAGCGUGAAAGCGCCGCAAAAACCGCCCUCCUCCUCGACGGCACCAAGCUCGGUCCCAACCCUGUAAAAGUCGAGACUACACACUCUCUCGAUGAGAUUGCGGGUGGGCAUGUUGCAAGUGGCGACGCAGACGCACCAAGUUUCGGCACCACCGAGGAGCAGCUAAGGCAAGAAGACAAGCCCCGCACAGCAAUCCUGGCAGAGUACCUGAGCCAUGGGUACGUAGUUGGUGAUACCGCACUUCAGAAGGGUAUUGAACUGGACACCAAGCAUGGAAUCUCGGCUACCUUCACCGGGUACUUAAACAAAGCACUCAGCACAAUCGAUAACACUACCCAUGCAUCCACCACAGCUAGGAGCAUGGAUUCCCAAUACCAUGUCACCGACCGUGCCCUUGGCGCAAAGAACACCCUUACAACUUAUUUUGAGAAGGCUCUCGGUACACCAACAGGGCAGAAGAUCCGUUCGUUCUAUUCAACUGGUGAAAAGCGUUCCGCGGAACUUGGUGCAACCGCUGAUGGAAACCCGUUCGUUGGCCCUGAGAAGACUACCUGCGCUUGUGGAGGGAACGAGGGUGUUUGCUCUUGCGAACCCGGGAAGUGCGCUUGCGCGGGCUGUGACAUGAAGGGAGUGAAAAAGGAUGCUAAGAGUGCACAAGUGCAGUUCAGUGAGGCCGCUAUCGAUAUCGGGAAUACCGCGAAGGAUUUGUAA